AUGUAUAAAGCUAUUAAGGAGCACAUCUUAUCUGAAAAAAUCAAAAACCAUUCUACUCAUUUAUUGCAAGAUGACAUUUCAAAUGCUACAGAUAGUACAGAAAAUAAUUUAAUUUUUAAUUUUGAUCAAUUAGAAAAUAAGAUAAUUAGAAAAGAUCCUGAAAGAGAGAUUAAAGGUGAAAGAAAUGAAAAUGAGAUACCUAAUAAAAUACUUGG